CCAUAAUGUUUAUUCUUUUAUUCUUAUAUAAAAUCAGAGAACGCCGAAUGCAUUUUACUCUUAAUAGGACUAGAACUUUGAAUAAAUGAUUAUUGCAGAAUGAAGGUUUUUAUAGUGGUGACUAUUGUUAUUUUUGGUAUUCGUGAUGGCAGUUCAAAUAUUUUGGGUACUGGAAUAUCAAUAAAUGAACAGCAGUCUAUCGUCGAUAUCCACAAUAACUACAGAAUAAGUAUUUGCAAUGGAACCUUGUUUGGGCAACCUCAAGGAUAUAAUAUUAAAAAGAUUAAAUAUGAUGCCACUUUAGCUGAAAAAGCCCAAGAAAUCGCCAACAGUAUGACGUUCGCCCAUGUUUUAGUAAAAGACGAUCGUUGGAGUGUUGGUCAAAAUUUGUAUAUCUUCAAGUCCACUGCACCAGGUGCAGCUGCGUCAUGGUCAUCUGCUUUAUCUGCCUGGUUUGUUGAAAAUUCUUAUUAUAAAUAUGGUACCUGUUGUGGUACUGCUGGCCAUUAUACACAGAUGAUAUGGGAUAGCACUGAAUAUGUGGGAUGUGGAUUUACUUAUUUUUAUAGCGACAGCAGUAAAUACUCCUAUCAGAAGUUGUAUGUUUGCAAUUACGGGCCUGCGGGAAACUGGGUGGGAUCUCAUCCUUACCAACGUGGACACAGCGGCUGUCCUAGCUUCAAUAGAAAACCUCUAAAACCACAGUAGUUUUAAAUUUGUUCUCUGUAAGGGUGGUGACUAUAUUUUGUCUGCAUUUGUAUAAUAAAUGUGUUUAUCUUCAUAA